AUGAGCAAAACCAACAGAAAUCCAUCACGGUGUGUGUUCAUUGGAAAUAUUGCCUAUGAUGCUCCGCUUGAAAAGUUAAAACAACUCUUCAAUGAGGCCGGACAAGUGGUAAAUUUUAGGAUGGUCUAUGAUCGUGAAACGAACAAGCCAAAAGGCUAUGCUUUUUGCGAAUUUAUUGAUGAGGCAAGUGCAAUGGCCGCUAUGAAGAAUCUGGAUGGCAGAGAUUUCAAUGGAAGAAAAUUGAGAGUGGAUUUUGCUGAUAAUAACAAGAUUAAUAUGCCAGGAGAAGGAGAGGCUCCGAUUUCAUCAUCGGGAAAUAUUGGCUCAAAUAUAAGCACACCGAGUCCCAUGAUGUCUAAUGUUGGUAUGGGUGGUAUGGCAAUGGGAGGAAUACCACCAAGAAGCGAUCCUAGACUAGGUAAUCAAAUGGUUGAUAUGAAUCCGUCCAUGAUGAUGAAUACACCCAUGAUGACUGUACCUUCAUCGGGAAGCUAUGAUAUAAUGCAGGAUAUUUCUCAAGAUCCAGUGAUGGAUGCUUUAAAACAAAUUCCGAAACAACAACUCUAUGAAUGUCUUUUGGAAAUGAAAGAAUUAGUACAAACAAAUCCUGAUUUAGCUCGACAAAUUUUAGCACAAAAUCCAACUUUAGCAGUAGUGAUUUUACACAUUCAAUAUAUAUUGGAAAUGAUCAGUCAACCUUUUGUUCCUAUGGUAAUGCAACAACCUAAUCAAAUGGUGAUGCCAUCACCUCAAAUGCAAAUGCAACCACCAAUGAGUGGCAUGGGAAUGGCUACUGAUCCUAGGAUGAAUAUGGACCCAAGAAGAGCCCAACCACAACAGCAGCCUGCUUCAUCAAUGCCACCACCUAAUAGCGAGAUUCAAGCAGUUUUGGCUGGAAUGACAAAUGAACAGAAAGAGCAAAUUUUGAAUCUAAAUGAAGCUACAAUUCUUACACUAAACUCAGCUCAACAAACACAAAUUAGAAUGAUUAGAGAAUAUCUUCAAGCCACACGAAGAAUGUAA